CAGGCUCUUCCAUUUAUGUUGACAAGAUGAACCUAACAGAAGAUAUCUUCAUUAAUCCAAUUCAACAACUCCAUAUAAGACCAGAUUCAGAUAUAGUAUCUGAAAUGCAUCCACAAACACUACUUCCUGCUUCAGAUUCAAUAAAUGUUGCCACAAACUUUGAUAUGCUGAAAUGGAGAGAUAGGUUAGCACAAGAAUGUUGAUCUUCUCCCUUUUUGAAUAGAUCAUCAGCUUCAGUUUCUGAUAUGGGCAUGGAGGUUCACUCGCAAGUCAUCACCGGUGCUACGAAAACAAGCUCUGUUGAGUCCCUUGACUGCUUGCUCUCAGCUACUAAUAGCAACACUGAUGCAUCAGUUGGAGAUGAUGGGAUUUCAAUGAUAUUCUCUGGUUGUAAGAGCUUAUGGAACUUUGUUGCUACCAGUACUGCUGCUGCAGGAGAGUCCGGAAACAAUGGCGCAAACGCCGGCAACGAGAUAAUGUCUCAGAUUUCUUCAGAUCAAUACAUCAAGACUGGUUGUUCAAAGAGAGGCAAUGGAGAGUUAAAAUCUGGUCUAAACUUUGGUUACUUUAAUCUUCUUCACACUGAUUCUUCUACAAGAGAAGGUGGUUUCAAGCUCGUUACUGAGAACCAACCAAAAGCAAAGAAACCCAGAUUAGAAAAGGCGGUCCCAAGGUCACCCAACAUAAAGUUUCAGCUUCCAAGUUGUUCAUCAGCAUCAUCUUCCAUCGAUGAGCCCGAUCCGGAAGCCAUUGCACAAAUGAAAGAGGUGAUUUAUCGAGCAGCAGCGUUCAGGCCUGUAAACUUAGGCACGGAAGUGGUGGAGAAACCGAAGAGGAAGAACGUUAGGAUCUCGACUGAUCCACAAACCGUGGCUGCAAGACAAAGGAGGGAAAGGAUAAGUGAGAGAAUUAGGGUUUUGCAGAGGCUGGUACCUGGUGGGAACAAGAUGGAUACCGCAUCAAUGCUUGAUGAGGCUGCAAAUUACCUGAAGUUCCUUAGGUCACAAGUCAAGGCACUAGAAAACUUAGGUCCCAAGGCAAAACAUAAUUUUCUUUUCUUAAAACCUAAUCAUAUCCACCACCCAUGA